AUGGACUUCUCUGCUUUGCCAAACAACAACCAUCCCGAUAAAUUCCUGCAACUGGAGGUGAAGUCUUUAGUGAAAAACUCUGCAUUUCUACAAGCCAGGCUGGCAAAAUUCCCAGAAGGAGCUUUACCUGGAGUGCAGCGGUGGCACAACAGAAUCUAUUUACAGAGAGAAAAGAGAAAUGUCACUGAGCUACCAGGCUUAGACUCGAAUGGAGUCAGUCAAGAAAUGAUAGACAAAGCUCUUGGGAAACACAUUACACCCAUCACCUUGAAAUCCACAAUCAAAAGCAAUCCCCUAUAUAGUGACAUACAGGUGGAGGAUAACUGGGAAGAGAACAAAAGGAGCCCUUCCUGGACUGUGCAAGACUAUGACAAGCACUCGCUACACUCUGACUUGGCAAGCCACAUAAAGGAAAAUCCUAAUGAUCUGCGGUUCUGGAUGGGAGAUAUUUAUACUCCUGGGUAUGAUACCCUGUUAAAAAAAAAAGAAAGAGAAAAAAACCAUUCCAAAUGUUGCCGAAUCAUCCUGCUCAUGGUACUAGCUGUUUGCAUCCUGAUUACCAUAGUCACGCUCAUCGGCGACAGAAUCGGCGGCGACAGCUCACUUCGAGCCGAGCCGAGGCGGGAAGCAUUGCUUCACCACACCCCCACUGAAACCCGCCUACCGGGAGCCGCCACUCGAUCGCGAGGGCCGACCCCUGAAAAACUGGCCCUGCCGCAUGGAGAGCCGAUCCUCCGUUCCGGGAGCCGCUCCAACCCCGCAGACCGCGGGAAGACAAAGAAAGCCAGCCGCCCCUACCCGCAGAGCCGGGGGGAGAAAGAAAGCAAGCCCCCACCCGCAGAGGCGGGAGGGAGAAAGAAAGUCGCUGCCCGGAUAUGA